AGUGAGAAUAGUCAGAAGGCUAUUGUCAAAGUUUCAGUUCAAAUAUGUAGCUAAAAACUGUAUAAACUUAUCGAUAUAUAACUUACGUUAGUGUGAAAGGGAUAUAAAUGACUCAAUAACAACGAUAAGUCGAAGAAUACGACUCUGUGUCGGCCAUGUGCUAAUGAAAUACAAUAAAAAGCUGGAAAGUUCUUACAACUGAAGAAAACUAAAACUCAAAAUUAAAGAUUUCUCAGGCGACGAAGUUGGAAGUCAAAUAAUAAUGGAUCCAGAAGUAGCUGAAAAACUUAAUUCGGAUGAGGUUGAGGUUAAGGAGAACAUUGCAGGAAAGACCGAAGAGCCUUCGGGAGAUGCACCCAAAUCGGAAGGCCAGAAGAACUUAACCGAAAUGACAAUAAGCGACAUGGUACAGACCUCGACUUCGGGAAAGAAUAUCCAGAACACCAAGGAUGAGGAUGCAAAUCCUUUGGCUCAAAAAGCCAACAAGAAAGCAGCCUAUGCAGCAAUUCCCAGUGUUUUGAAGCGGGCUCGCGCUUUUUACAAGAGCAUUCCUGGUCAAGAGAAUGGAGAGGGUCCCAAUAAGAAACUCAAGACAGACGUCAAGGACCCAGCAGUCGACCUUAAGCAAUACGUUAAAAAAUUGGUUGAUAAGAAACUCAAGCUGAUGCCAAAGCCAGUUGUUGAAAUAGAGUUUAUAGAAAGCACCCGUCGUAUGUUCGGUACCAUGUCCCGUCGUGAACUUGAGGAUUUGGUAGUGGAAAAGGUGGUCGCGGUAAAGAAGGCCAACUCUGAGUCCACGUACAUACUCUCACAGUUGGUUCAGAGCGAGACAACACUGGUCACCUAUCAGCGUAAGAUCGCCGAGGUGUCCAAGCACUUUCAGGAAUUGGAGAAAAUGGGAAGCCAGAAAUUGCACGUCACCGCUCCGGGGCGUACAACUCAGGCUGCCGGACAAAAGGCUACCGUACCCGUAAACGAUCAGUCGCAGGCUGCGGGCAGUAUGUUGCCGUCAUCCAGUGGAAUCCGUUCCAGGGCCAUAUCCAUCCGCGCCGCCGGAAGCAACGUUGGCCCACAACAACACUACAGAUCUGAGGAACGCAGGGCCGGCUAAGGCCCCUGUCCUGGAGAACGCUCUUCCGGGCCAGGCCGCAAAUAAUCCCGUGAAGGAGACUCACCAGCCGGAAGGAAGUUCUAACCAAUGAAGAUGAGGAAUAUUGCGUGGACUAUAAUCGUGCUCCACAGAACUCUUGUUUCCAUCAUCUUCAAUUAAAAGCCGAGUGCCGUUGAUUUCUUAAAACAAAAACAUUAAAGCACGACUGCACAUUACUCAACAAACUAA